UUGUGAUGCGAUUAUGCAGGGACAAGAAAGUGUGUGAUGGGUUAACAGACGAAAGCAUGGAAUCAAUCUGUGGAAGACCAUUGGGUCUGAAAUUCAACAGUGUGACUUGUGAUCUGUACAUUGCAGAUGCAUACUUUGGGCUUCUCAAGGUAGGACCAGCUGGUGGCGUGGCUAAGCAGUUAGCCACUUCUGCAGAAGGGGUUCCGUUUAUGUUCACAAAUGCCUUGGACAUUCACCCCAAAACUGGUGAAGUUUAUUUCACAGAUAGCAGCAUCCUAUUCCAGAGAAGGGUCUACAUGUCGAUAAUUCUGAGCGGGGACAGAACUGGAAGGUUGCUGAAAUACGUGCCCAGUAGCGGAAGAGUGUAUGUGUUGGUGAAAGGUUUGGCAUUCCCCAACGGUGUGGCGCUGAGCAGGGACAGCUCCUUCAUUCUGGUGGCGGAAUCAACCACUUUUAAGAUUUUAAAAAUUGCGCUGUGCGGCGGCAACAACAUAGAAACUUUUGCGCAGGUUCCGCGUUCCCCAGAUAACAUAAAGAGGAACGCAAAAGGGGAAUUUUGGGUGGCACUUAACAGCGGGAGGGGAAGGAUCAAUGGUUUGGAAAAGGAAACAGAAGUUGAAGCGACGGUUCCGUGGACAACAGAUCCCGUGGCGAUUAAAUUUGAUGCAGAGGGGAAUGUUGUUGAGGUGUUGGAUGGAAGAUAUGGACAACAGCUUAACUCUGUUAGUGAAGUGGAAGAACAUGAUGGAAGUUUGUGGAUAGGUUCUGCAGUGCAACCUUACGUUGCUGUCAUCAAACCCUAGUUUUUUUGUCUGGUUGUUUAGUAUGUUUUCUUUCUGUCUUUUUUAUAUCAAAACUCCAUUUGUUUUGAUGAAAUAAGAUUGAUUUUAUUCCAAUGUUUAAUGAAAUUCUCACUA